UCUUCCCGCCCCUCCCCACGGCUUCCGUUUCCGGUUCGGGCGCCCUCCUCGGCUGUAAGGAUGAUCGGAGACAUCCUGCUGUUUGGGACGCUGCUGAUGAACGCCGGGGCUGUUCUCAACUUUAAACUGAAAAAGAAGGACACACAAGGCUUCGGGGAGGAGUCGAGGGAACCCAGCACAGGAGACAACAUCCGGGAGUUCUUACUGAGCCUGCGUUACUUCCGGAUCUUCAUCGCCCUGUGGAAUGUGUUCAUGAUGCUCUGCAUGAUUGUGUGAGUCCCGCCCUGCUCG